CAUUAUUAGUCUAUAAAGCGUUGGUCGAACAAACUUGGAGCUGAUUAUCUAGUUUUCUCUAGCGUUAUACAAGUGGUCCACAAAAUGUUGCAAAUUAUAUUGUUAGUUCAGUUAUUUGGCUGUGUUUUCUCUAUGGGAUUACCGUCAUACAUAACAUCAUGUUCAAGAAACGAUCCGAAACUAAAUGAAUGUGCAUUGAAAUCGGCCAGGGAUUCUAUUCAUCAAUUCUCGUUAGGAGACCCGGAUAGAGGCCUUCAUCCAUUAGAUCCUUUGUACGUCGCUGAAAUGACAGUGUACAUACCGAAUAAACAAGGAUUCAGAGUGAUAUUCAAGGACAACUAUUUUACAGGACUUUCGAAAAUGCAUAUGGAGAACCUUAAGUUUGAUUUAGAAAAUAAAAUGAUAAUAGCAGACGCUAUGGUCACUUUGAAUGUGAAGAAUACCUACGACUUAAGCGGCCGAUUACUGGUUAUACCAGUUAAAUCAAAUGGAGAUUCUUACAUACAUUUAAAAAAUACUCUAUUACACAUACGUUAUUGGUAUGAGCACGUUGAAGGACCCGAUGGUAAAAUUUAUUGGAAAAUAUAUAAACACGACAUCAAGUAUGAAGUGGAAAAAGCUAGUUUUAGACUGGAUAACCUCUUGAAUGACAAGAAUAUUGGUGAUCAAAUCAACAAGCUUCUAAAUGAAAUGUGGCGUGAAAUUGUAGCUGACGUGGGUCCAUCCAUCUGUCAGUCUCUGGGUGCAGCUGUCGCCGAGAAUCUGUCAGUUUUGCUGUCACAAGUACCUUAUGAUGAACUCCUACCAGAGUAGGAAAUAGUGUUCGAUGUUUGAAAGUCUUGUUUGUUAAUAAAUGUUUAUAAUGAGCGAA